CCUGCUCUCUGGGAUUCUUGCUCCUCAAAGACAAUCUGGAAUUACUUGCUACAACUGCAGUUUCUUUGUUACUGUGUGAGGUCAGGGGACAUUGUUUCUACUCCAGACACUAAUCUGCACUUGGAUACACGGGAAAUGGUUUUGUGAACGCCUUCUCCAGCCUAACCUCAGCUGCUUUGGAGACCAGUUAGAUGGACAUUUUUCCUGGAUUUGGAUAUUUCAAGAGGGGAGACACGCUGGAUAAAAUGGUGCCCCUGCAGAAAAGGGAUCAGUUUGACAACUUGGAGAAGCAUACACAGUGGGGGAUCGAAUUUGUGGAGAAGUACACCAAAUUUGUCAAGGAGAGGUCAGAGAUCGAGACCAACUAUGCAAAACAAAUUAGGAAUUUAUCAAAGAAGUAUCAACCCAAGAAGAACUCACGAGAAGAGGAUGAGAGCAAGUACACCUUCUGUCGAGCCUUCCUGACAUCACUUAAUGAGUUAAAUGACUACGCCGGUCAACACGAGGUUAUAGCGGAGAACCUGACGUCUCAAAUCAUCACCGAGCUGUCGCGCUACCUGCUGGAGCUCAAGACCGAGAGAAAAACGUCCUUCCAUGAUGGGCGUAAGGCACAGCAGCACAUCGAGAGCUCGUGGAAACAGCUGGAAUCGUGUAAAAGAAAGUUUGAGAGAGACUGUAAAGAGGCAGACAGAGCACAGCAAUACUUUGAGAAGAUGGACGCUGACAUUAACGUGACUAAGGCUGACGUGGAAAAGGCACGACAGCAAGCUCAGAUGAGGCACCAGAUGGCUUCUGACAGUAAGGGCGAUUACUCCUCCUACCUGCAAAAGUUCAACCAGGAGCAGAAUGAACAUUACUUUACAGUUAUCCCCAACAUAUUCCAGAAACUUCAAGACAUGGAGGAGAAAAGAAUUGACAGGCUAGGAGUGUGCAUGAAGACGUUCGCAGACGUGGACCGCCAAGUGCUGCCCAUCGUGGGGAAGUGUUUAGACGGCAUGACGAAAGCAGCCGAGUCCAUCGAGCCCACGACUGACUCGAAGCAGGUGGUGGAGUCCUUUAAAUCGGGGUUCGAGCCUCCGGGAGAUGUGGACUUUGAGGAUUACGGCCAGGCCAUGAAGAGGACGGUGUCUGAGACCAGCCUGUCCAACUCCAGAGAGGCCAAAGAGGCCAAAGAGGCCAAAGAGAGGCCUGCUGGCAAGAGCAAGGGCAAACUGUGGCCUUUCAUUAAGAACAAGAACAAGCUUAUGUCCCUGUUAACGUCCCCCCACCAGCCCCCACCUGCCCCCCCAGCCUCAUCCCCGCCCUCACCCUCUGCUGUUCCCAACGACCCCCAGUCUCCCAAGCAGCACAAGGAGCCCCUCUCCCACCGCCUCAACGACUUCAUGACCUCCAAACCCAAAAUGCACUGCCUCCGGAGCCUGAGGCGAGGGCAGCAAUCCCAGCGCUCGCUCAUUUGUCACAAAGAGCUCAUGAAGAGGACUCUGGGUCGACCCACAUAUGCUUUCGAAGCCAGGAAAUAUGUUCUUUCUCUCAAGCUGAUCACACUCAAUUCCCACGUCCGGAAUCUCAUUGAGGGUUCUGGACCGGAGGACUUCAGCCACCUGCCACCAGAGCAGAGGAGGAAGAAGCUGCAGGGAAAGCUAGAUGACCUGAACAAGGACAUUCAGAAAGAGAUGGACCAGAGGGACGCUCUAACUAAGAUGAAAGACGUGUACGUGAAGAACCCUCAGAUGGGAGACCCCGCCAGCGUAGACCCCCGGCUAUCAGAAAUAGGCCAGAACAUCGAGAAGCUCCAGUUUGAAGCGCAGAAAUUCGAGGGCUGGUUAGCAGAGGUGGAGGAGAAGAUGCCAUCCAAGAGUGACACGAACCGGAGAAGUGGACUCUAUGAGAACCAGAACAACACGACAGUGAGCAACAACUGUGCGCAGGACAGAGAGAGGCCCUUGAGCAGCCCGGAUGGCAGCUACACAGAGGAGCAGAAUUCAGAGACUCAGGUCAAAGCCAACAUCAACCCCCUCCCCCCCACCUCCUCCACGCCAGAUUUCGACGACGAGUUCGACGACGAGGAGACCCUGCCCACCAUCGGCACCUGCAAGGCCUUGUACCCAUUUGAAGGUCAUAACGAGGGCACCAUCUCCGUGGCAGAAGGCGAGCUGUUGUACGUCAUAGAAGAAGACAAAGGAGACGGUUGGACACGAGUGCGCAGGAACGAGGAAGAGGAGGGAUACGUCCCCACAUCCUACGUCGAGGUCUUUUUGGAAACAAAUGCCAAAGGUGCUAUGACAUACAUUUAACUCAGCAAGUGUGUUUCUGUUACCGUGAGUCAGUACGUUUAUGGAGAUUAAAGAUUGUUACUCUGUAGCUCGGAUAAGAAACACACGCACACUUCCUGUCUGUCCCAGAGGGAAGGACCAAUCAGAUUGCUCUAUUGUGCCUCGUGACAGUUGCGGCUGAAUGUUUGAGAAACGACAGUGAACGGGAGCCGAGCGAGGCGGAACGUCGAGUACGAGAGAGUGUGUGAAAAGAAGCUUUUAGUUCCUCGCCUCCCGUUCACUGCGGCGCCACAUAGUGGUCACACAACGUAUAACACGACACCCAGUCAGAGCUUAGCACGAUGGGACGAAUCACACACCGAUCACACUUCAAACACACAGUACUUGAUUUUUUUAUAAAUAUAUUUUGUGUUUUUAACGGAGAGUCUGAUCCACAAAGUGUAAUAAAUCUCUCCUCUGAAUGUGUCUGACGACGAACAGGUGAAGGUUAUUGUGUUUUGGUCACUUGUUGUACCCUAAAAGGAAAAGCAUGCUCGAUGUGCAAUCACGCUGAUGUAACUUUGAUCUGCUGUAAAAUAUGAAUACAUAUUAAAAAGAUAUUUUUUUAGGCUAAACAACAAAAAAAGACAAUAAAAAUGGUUGCAUGCUGUAGAUGAAUCAUAGUGCUGUUACAACAUGGAACCCAAUCUCCCCAUUUUUAUAAAACUACUGAUCACAUUAGUGACUAAUAACCACCUUAGAAUGUGCUUUAUUUCCCUUUUAAUCCACAUUUCUUUAAUUGAUAGUGUUGGGCUGCUCUGGUCCUGUUUCCCAGGCCAGUGGUAAAGGAAUACAGGACUGAGAAUUAGCUGUACUGAGCGAUAUGGUGAGACUGGGCUGAGAUAUGGAGCUGCUCGUGACUUUAAAGCUUUGUGGUUUCUUGCAUGGUUCUCUGAGCAGCACCUGUCAAAGCAUGGUGUGUGUGUGUGUGUGUGUGUGUGUGUGUGUGUGACCUCUGUGUCAUUUCACCUCACUGCUACAAUAAGACAUUCUGUGCUACUUUUCAAGAUUGGCUUCACAAAAACAAACUCUUUCAUAACUCAUUACACAAGCCUUUGUUUAACUCCCUUUCACAGCUUUUAAUGAGCGUUUGGUGGCUUGUUAGUGGCACAGCAUGAAGCUCUUAUGUGCAGGACGUCAUCUCAUGUCAGAGCUGCACACACACAUGUCAUGUCUCCUGUAGUUUUUUAUCAAAGGGCAUUUGUGGGAUUUUUGUCCUCGUCAUGACCUGAUGACAGCAUGUUGUGCAUAGGGAGAAGGUUGCAGUUUAACAUGCAUUCAAGCCAAACUACAGAGGAAUACGCUGAGAGGUUUUUAGUCAAUGGAGGCCUUUCACACGUUGAGUACGUGCAGAUUACAUGCCGACACCACAGUACUGUCAGUUUAAAGUAGUUUUAUACAUGCUUUUUUUAUUCCACCUCUCCAUAUCUGAAUAUUUGGGUUGGUGACCUUUGAAGCUAUCUAACUUUUCUUUUUGUCAUUUUUUUUUUUGUUUGUUCGUAUUUCCUUUU